AUGAAUGCCUUACCUGCUUUACUUCGGGUUACCACCAGUUCCACCGUUACUCCUCUCUCUGACGAUGUGGAUCCCGCCACUGGCACGAGUUUGUAUCCAUCUCACCGAUGUAAAACUAUUCACCUGGUGAGGCAUGCUCAGGGUAUUCACAAUGUAGCCGCGGAAAAGAACCAUGAUGCUUACAAGUCUUGUGAUUAUUUUGAUGCACAGCUUUCCCAAGACGGCUGGAAGCAGGUGGAGAAUUUGCACAAGGAUGUUCAUGAAGUUGGACUUUCUAAGAAAAUUGAGUUGGUCAUCACUUCCCCUUUAUUAAGGACUAUGCAAACAGCAGUAGGAGUCUUUGGUGGUGAAGGGUAUGUAGAUGGGACAGAUGCACCUCCAUUGAUGGUGGAAAAAGCAGGGAACAGUGAUCGUUCUGCAAUCUCAAGUCUAAAUUGCCCACCAUUUAUUGCAGUUGAGCUUUGCCGAGAACGUUUGGGAGUUAAUCCUUGUGAUAAGAGAAGGAGCAUCAACGAGUAUCGAGCUCUUUUUCCUGCUAUUGAUUUUUCACUGAUAGAAAAUGAUGAUGACAUUUUGUGGACGGCUGACACUAGAGAGACGGAUGAACAUGUUGCAGAGAGGGGAAUGAAGUUUAUAAACUGGCUGUGGACUCGAAAAGAGAAGGAGAUCGCAGUUGUUACUCACAGUGCGUUCUUAUAUCAUACCCUAAGUGCAUUCGGAAAUGAUUGUAAACAGGGAAAGGUACUGCGUCUACAAAGGACUUCUAAUGCUGGUGUCACUAGUGUGGGUGCUGACAAGGUUACAGGAACACCCUUGUCUCUCAAAUCACGAGUAGGCAUGGGGACGUCUGGGCAUUGGCUAAAUGGUGAGCGGCAAUUCAUGACUCUUGUUGGCUAUUAG